AUGCGGGUUUUCGGCUGCCGACCAUUUGUGCUGACCCCUAAGGAAAAGAGAUCAAAAUGGGAUCCGAAGGCCCGUGAAGGACGAUUCAUGGGGUACGAAGAAGUGUCAAAGGCAUAUCGCGUUUACGACAUUGAAGCGGAUCAAGUGGUGAUAUCUCGCGAUGUCACAUUCGACGAAUCAACGUUUGGUUUCUCGCCGACGCUACCACAAGAAAUUGUUGAUGACACUGCGCUGGAUAUCGAAUCGAUGAACAUCAGCGACGAGCCUCACCCUAUGCAGUUCAAGCAAAUUGGAAAACGCAAAAGCCGUUCAAACAGCCAAGAACAAGCUCUGCAACGGACACUUCCUGAGCGUCGUGGAACCGGGUUCGAAGAAGCAAGUGCACCGGAUGACUUUGAAACGCACCAAGCGAAGCGACGGUCAAGCGCUCGAGCCAAUCUGGACGAAGAGCGAAAGGGCAGUGACGAAGAUAACGAGGAUGCUACACCUCAAGUCUUUUGGCGAGCGAGUGUCAACGCAGUCGAAGGUACUGACUUGUCUGAGCCGACAACGUUUAAAGAUGCUGUUGAUGGACCGGAUCAAGUGCAUUGGCGUAAAGCAAUCUGUGCCGAGUUGGACUCGAUGAAACUUCGUGGCGUGCUUCGAGCGCCCAAACAGCCAGCUGGACAGCAUACCAUUGGCACCAAGUGGGUAUUCAAUAUCAAGCGGAUAGCUGAUGGAUCCAUCGAGAAAUACAAGGCGCGUCUCGUGGCAAAAGGGUUCAAGCAGAAAUAUGGCAUCGACUACACGGAGACGUUUUUCCGGUAG